CAUUUCUUUUUUCGCCACUGCUUCUGUUCAUCUGCAUUUAGAAAAGAGGUGGAAAGAUCCAGAGAGGAGGGGAAUAGCGUAUGUGUGUGUGUGUGAGAGAGAGAGAGAGAGUGAGCGAGCGAGCGAGGGAGAUCCAGUUGUAGUCGAAGGGAAGCGAGCCACGGAAGGAGCUGCGCUGCAACGAGAUACACUCGCCACCCUUUUUUCGUGGAUCCAGAGGAAGAAAGCGCCCCGAAGCCGGCUAAUGAGUUGCCAGUCAGCCGAGAGCCCAGGUCUUUGACAAGGAGGGGCACAGAAGAAGAGAAAGAAAGUGGCACAACAAAGACAUGCAGUCGGUGAAUCCAGGUAGAAAACAAGUCUGGAAGUUGACUUUGUGAAGCUAAGAGUCCAAAUCUGGAAAAGCAAAGCAGACUCCACCCUGCCACAGAAAAUCCCCUCCCCAAACCCCUUUGCCACCAUGGCUUUCACCUUAUCGGAGAUCAUGGCAGCCAGAAGACAACAACAUGGAGGUCGAGUAGCCGUCGAUGUGGAUGAAUACAGCACCAAUCCAACUCAGGCCUUUACCUUUUAUAAUAUUAACCAGGGACGUUUUCAGCCUCCACAUGUGCACAUGGUGGAUCCUUUGCCUCACGAUGCCCCAAAACCUCCUGGAUACACUCGAUUUGUCUGUAUUUCUGACACCCACUCGAGGACUGAUACGAUUCAGAUGCCAUAUGGAGAUGUUUUCAUUCACGCUGGGGAUUUCACAGAGCUUGGCUUGCCUAGUGAAGUAAAAAAAUUUAAUGACUGGUUGGGUACAAGAGGUUCAACAUCUUGGCCAUCUAUAUUUAUUUUUAUGCCCAUGAUGCUACCAAAGCCGAAAAAUGUGCCAGAAACUGGUAUCAAUCUAGUCUGCGAACAGGUGCAUCACUACCUGAUCACCAAAGCACAAACCAGAUGGCAUGACCUAGCAAAGGCAUUUCGAGAAUUUGAUCAAACUGGUAAAGGUAUAAUUCGAAAAAAAGAUCUCAGAGACGUCCUGUUUCGAUUCAAUUUGCCCAUCACAAGCAAUGAUUUUGAAAAACUUUGGGCUAGGUAUGAUAAUGAAGAGAAAGGCCACCUGACUCACUCUGAAUUUCUAGAGAAGCUGGGAGUUGAGUUUUGUACUGCCGACAAUGGCACCAGUCGGAAUAUUGUGGAUGGUAACUCUAAAAGCUUACUGGAGCAUUACAACCUGCAACAGCAAAAGCACCACGAGAUAGCUGAUAAGCAAAUACAACAAACCCGCAUACUGCAGACUGCACUGGUGGAAAAAGAUGUCAGAGACAAAUUUCGAGACAAUUACCAGGAUUUCAGUUCAGCAUUUGCCAAGCUUGACAAAAAUAAGGAUGGCUACAUUACAGUGGAAGACCUGUACCGGGUGCUUCAAGAUCACAGCUAUCACCUGGAUGAAGAGAAGUUCACUCAUCUCCUGCAAAGGCUUGGUAUUGGGACUCAUGACAACAUGUUGUCUUACACUGACUUUCUGAAAGCUGUGGAUGAGGGCAUGCCGAACAAGAGAGCACCUGCUACUCCGCAAGAAGUGUCUCAGCUUCUCAGCCCAGAAGAGGCUUUAAUCAAACUGAGGAAGAUGAUGGCAUACACUUCGGGCUCAUUAGAAAAGGCUUUCACUGCUUUUGAUAAAUGCAACAGAGGUGAAAUAAAGCUGGAGGACUUCCGCCAUGUGUUAAAUUGCUUCUGCUUCAGGCUGUCUGAUCUGCAGUUUCUUUACUUGGUUAGCAAACUGAAACUGAACAAAAACGAAUCAGUUGUUGAUUGGAAAGAUUUUUUACAGGUUAUGGAGCUUCCGAUCCAAGAGAUUAAAGAAGACUGGGCAGACAAGGUAGAAAAAAAGGUUGAGAAAGUAAGCACACCUUUACCUUCCAAAAGUUUGUCACUGAAAGACAUCCUGAGUCGCAUACGUGAGGUUGUUUCAUCCCGUUUGUACAUCAUCACAAAGGAGAUGACUGAUAUCGACUAUGCCCACAUUAAUGUUAUUGCCAAAGAGGACUUCAGGGAUAUUUGCAAUCGCUAUUUUAUGCGAUUAACAGAUGAGCAGUUUGAAUUUCUUUGGAGUGAAAUGCCAGUCAAUAAUUUUGGAAACCUUGAAUAUCAAGAAUUUUUAAAGAUGUUCAGUGGAGAACUCAGCGACAAACCUCAGAGUCCUGCUCCUUCUGUUCUUAGAAGUGGAUGUGGAAGUCCUGUAAAAACACCCUCGGACCAUCUGGAGAGAUCAUCCUCUUUAAGUCGACGGCCAAAGACGGCACCCACUGCCAUACAUCGCUCAAAGUCUAUGGAUUCCUUGAAACGUCCUUUGACAGCACGAGAGUGUUCAACACCCUUAAUAAACUGUGAGUUCAUUGAGCAGAAGCUAAAGAAGCAAAUCUACAAGUGCUGGAAGGACAUUCAGAAGGAAUGCAGACUUCGAGAUCCCGAAGGGAGAGGAGAAAUCAGUAUUUCCAGCUUCUAUGGUAUUAUGGAAAAACUCAAUAUAAAAAUACCUGAGCAUGAUUUUGAGAAGAUCAUGAUGAAAUAUGACCUUAGAAACAAUGGAAGCUUUGCUUAUCCAGAAUUUUUGCGCCACUUUGUUCUCACAAUGAAGCCCCAAGAGGAUGACUUGCUUCAGAGGAUGAAGUUCCUUAAGCCCCGUGUUCCAAUGACUCCUGGGGUGGAAACAGCACAAUUUUGGGAAUCAAUGCUAAGAAUCCAAAGACAAGUUCUGCAGUACUGGAGGCAAAUAAGGCGCUACUUCACAUAUUGUGAUCAACAGAAAAGUGGCUACAUUUCCUUGAAGGAUUUCCGACAGGUUUUAAGAAAUUUUAGUGUGAACCUCUCAGAAGAAGAUUUCUUCCAAAUCACAACGUACUUUGACAAGAAUCUGACGGGACAAAUUUCCUACAAUGACUUCUUGCGAGUCUUCCUCAAAUAAAUGCUGUUGCUGGUAUCAGAGUACUGCUGAAGUAAAAAAAUUAUUUGGACCUCCUUUUAAAUUCCUUGGACAAGCUUCACAUUUUGGCUGAAACAAGCAAUUCCUUUCAUAACCAUGAGGAGGCAGUAUUAAUUUAUAGUUUUUCACAUGAAACCAGCAGAGUUGGAUACAAAGUUGAAUGAAGUUUUUGGGUUCCAAAAGCCCUACAGGUUUUCUUCAUAACUGGGUGCUUUACAAUUUUGUUCUUAUUAUUUUUUUAAAUUUUGAUCUAAUUUUAUUUUACAUUGUGAUGCAAAAUUACGCUUCUGGAUUAGAAUAUGCUGUCAUGUUUUUGUUGAAUUAUUUUUUUCCUGAAAAGGUGUUAAUUUUUUUUCAUAGUUGCUAAGCAGGUUUUUUUAGUCUAUGAUAUUAUUUUGUGUAUAACUAUAAUAUCUUCUCCAACUUUAGGAUGCAACAUUUUCUGCUAUGCUAAAAUUUACACAGAAUACAGUUUCUAUCUAACAAAAUCAAAUUGCAGUCUAUACUAAAUAUUGAGCUUCUGCAACUACCUAAUAGGAUUUCUGGAAAUUUUGACCCUCCAUUUUACAACGGCAGUGUGCCCUCAUGGUCUCUCCUCAUCUUCAUAACUGCCAUAGUGCCAAAAAGUCUGAAAUAAAAAUAAAAGCGCAUGCACUUAUUUUAUUACUAAAACAUGGGGAAGACCCCAAAAAUAUAAAGAAGCCCUUCCAGAACAUCUCUCCCACUGAGUGUUGCACUCGCCCUUUUCUUCCCCAUUUCUUUUGCCUUCUUCCUACUGCCUUGACACUCCAUUAAGCGACUUCCAGGCCACUCAAUUCCCUGGUCAGGAUGGUCAACUCUUAGUACAGGUACACCAUGCUAAAACUUCCCCAGUAUCAUGUGAAGCCUUUAAAAAGUGAGUGCCAUCUUAGUUGCCCAGCCAGGCACCAAAAUUCUCUCUGUCCCACAAUUGGGACUCCUAGCUGAGAGUAAGCUUAGGAUGCUUUGUAACUACUUCCCAUGUCCUACUCUGAAAUUGGACAGAUUCUUUACCUAGUCCGAAUUUUAGUGCAGUUCCUAGGAAUUGUUCUGAUAAAUAUGGGCACAGGUCUUCACUAAGUCUUGUCUCUCUUUUCCACAAUGGGAGUAUGUAGCUUAGACAUUUUCUGCACUUUGGCUCACCCUCCACGGUCCUCUCUUCGACAAGUGGCUUUGUCUGUCCCUCCAUAAGGAGAAGUGGUCACCUCUGGAGGUCUUUUGGCCUCAUGCCAGUGCUCAGUGACUUCACUCUUUUCUUUCUGACUGGAGUGUCAAGUAGCACUUGUCCUUGCUGUGUUCCUACCUUCUACCACCUUGGGAGAUGGUUUGUCUUCCCAGCAUGCCUCAUUCUCUCUCUACAGUCAUGUCUUUUCACAUUUCCUGAGGUGUUGUCCUCUCACACGGGUGUCCAGAAAUGUACUGUCCCUGUCAGUGUCCCAUGCCCCUUUGUCCCUGGCAGCCCCUUGCCACUCAGGUACUUUAUCGCAAUAGACAGAUAUACGUCAUUUUUCACACAAUUUAGGUGAGCUUUUUCAGUGCUCAAUUUUUAUUUUGUCUAAAGGCAAUCUAUAAAAUGCAUUUCACCAGUAUUAAAGCAAAAAUAACUCCAUUAACUAUUCUCCCUCCAAACCGGUAUUUGGUGCAGAGGUAAUAGGAAAUAGAAGGUUGGCAUGAAGUACAACAGCUAAUUAUAUCAUCUGUACAGAGGAGCCAAAUAACUUAAAAACAGAAGCUUGUUUGACCUUAAAGAUUUGUAGUGCUACAGUUAAAAUUAGGGAUGAUUACCGCGUUUGAACGCGCUUUAGAAUGAUUUAACUCUGAGAUGCAGAAUGUAGAAAAGAAAUAUCUUUGAAUCCCAGGUACUUUUAAACACUUAUUUCUAAGAAGGAAUUUAAAAUUAAGCUGUUUUUGAGUCGGUGGACAUUCAAAAAUGGAACAAAAGAGUGUUUUUCCAAGAAAAACUAACAAACACACACACAGAUUUACAUACAUACACACACACACACACACACACGCGCACACACACACAUACACAUACACGCACACACACACCAAACUUCUGCACAUUUUCCUUUGUUUGUCCAAUUCAACGAACCCUGAGUAAUUAUUCAUGUUUAAGAUCGGAUGGCAAUGAGCCUGCUGUGCUAUUUUACAAAGAUUAAAAAUAGUAAGUGGAGCAGGUAGGAUUUGCGGACUAUUGUUCAGAAGCCUGCAGGUCAGAUGCACCCUUACAGUGUGAGUCUCAUCAUCAGCAAGGACGCAAUGGGAUGCUAGUGGAGGUUUUAAAAUGACACCACCUUUAAAGAAACUGAGCGGCACUAGCUUUCAGGAUGCCAGAGCAGCAAUGGAUUUCUAACACAACUCGACUUGCAGAGAGGCAAACACACAUCAGCACACAGAUAGAUCCAUCUACUACUGGUGUUUGAAACGUUAAAUAAAUACUUCUGUGGCAAAGGCAUAAAGUCGUCUUCUCCUGUUUGAAUGUGACAGAAUCGAAUGAAAGCACUGCUUCUGUUAAAACAGAACUGCUGAAUACACCUUCAAAUGGAGCAAAUGCAGUUUGAACUUGAGAUGUUCAAAAGCUUAUGCAGAUUUUUUUGAAAGUGUUGUUAUUGGGUAGACUCGUACACUAAAACACUUAAAAAAAAGCUUUUAUAAACCUCUAAUCCAAUGAAGUACUGACCUCAGUUUACGGACUUUUGUCAGUGUGCUCUAGAUUUCUGAACUGUUGUCCUCAAGAGCAGCGGUUCUGUCGCUCCCAGUGACCCUUGGCAGAAUGUCGAGGGAGGCCCUUCACUUGCCUCUGCUCUGCUUCAUUCACCGAAACCUGGAAAUGGUUGCACCACUAAAGCAUCUUGGGAAUGGGGUUAUACAUGUCACUUCUAAUGUUUUGAUAUGCCAUCACAAGAAUGCCAGUUUGCUUUGUGUGGUCCUCAGCCAAUCACUUUUAAAGCUGGGACGGUGUCAGUAUAUAAAUGCCCCUAAAUAAAUUGCAGAUUCAGUAUCCACCACUGAUUUAGUGUGUGAUCCUCAUCCAAAAACAGAGCUCCCUACACUCAAAGUGCACCCCUGAGCUGCGCUGUAAUAUGAAAUGGUGCUCCAGUACAGUAAAUCACAAAGCUGACAUUUAGUCACUCACUGUGCAGUCCUCUGUGAAUCUUAAUCUGCCAUUUUAUAAACAUUAUAAAGUUAAAAAGUAUUUUUACUGUUAAAAAAUGCUUGCUAAAAUGGGUAGUUUUCCACUUAUGUGAGUUUGAGGGUAUGGAACGGCUUUUGCCAUUAGUUGGUUUUUUUUUCGUCAAAUCGCAAAACACUUUUGCAACAUGGAGCCAUUCCUUAGAAUUCUUUCAUACCUCUGUGUGCUCAUCUCUAUUUUCCAUGAAAGAAUGCAAAGCAAUAUAACACACAUACUGUAACUGGAAGUUGUUGACACGCACAGCUGAAUUUGACCAACAGUGAUGACUGCAUGUGCCAACGUGACAGAACACUGAUGCCUACUUCCUCUAAAAGCAUUCUGCUGUUCUGGGGAGAUCUUUCUAUUGUAUUUUUAUUAUACUCUGUAUGUAAAUGCACUGUACAAUCAAUUCGUAUUUUGAUCCCACUUUUGGAAUAUGCAGGGUUCAAAACAUUUAGACUCUCCUCUGUUUUAUUGUACAAACACCCAUACAAAAAAAAACUGACCUUGGAAAUCCUUGACUGUAUAAAACAAUUUUUCUGUGAACUGUAAUCUUCCAUUUGAUUAAAUUUGCCCGGUCUGUUGUGUCCAAGAAAAUCAGCCAUUAGAAAUUACUGUCAUUACCAGUCAAACUUUGCAUUGUACCAAUCAAUAAAAAUGAAUAAGGA